UACUUCCGUUAUUGGAAAACACCAUGCAUUUAUUGCAUUGCUUCAAUUUGAUUCAGCAAAAUUAUAUAAGCAACGACAGUUACUUAGUCCUUGUGAACAGUGAUUUGAACUUUGACGUUCCUAUCCUCAGGCUCAACUAUAAGAAGCCGAUAUCAACUACUAACCUUUUUCAGAGAAAAUUCGACUUCUACCUCAUCGAUUGUAAGGCGGUGUAUUUCAAAAGUUUCACGGAAACGAUCAGUUCACAGCCUUUCUUCAGCUCAGCCUCCCAUUUCAUAUUUUUUUGCGAUGAUUUGAAGUUAGAGACGCUGCUUUCUCUAAGGCGCUUCGAAAUUUUGAAUAUGAUAUUCUUGAACACCUCAUCUGGAGAUAUCCUGAGUUAUUUUCCAUAUAGAAAACGUAUGUUUCAACAGUUCGAUACUAGCCUGGAAGUUAUUGGUCAUUGCAAUCGAACGGAGAGUCAACCAUUUGUUCAACUAUUUCCCAACAAGAUACCGAAGAAAUGGACCAACACGACUUUGAACAUCAUGCAUUCGUUCGCUCCACCAUAUUGUAUGGGUGUUGGAGAUGAAACUGGAAUAGAGCUGGAUACGCAAGUUUUAAUUUUGGAGAGACUAGGAAUGAAAGCAAAUUUCACUAAAGUGAAUAUUCCUGAAUUUGGGAAAAGGCGAUUGAUAAUGAAGAUUCUGAGGGAAGAUUACUGUGACUUCAUAAUCGGGGUUAGUUCUCCUACUUUAUAUUUCGAAUCUACCAUGCCCUACAUAUACGAUGACCUCAUGUGGUAUGUGCCUAGUGCCCAGGUACUGUCAAAGUGGAAAUUUCUUAUUGGCGUCCUCAAUAAAUUUGUUUGGUUGUGGUGGACGAUUUCUUCAGCAUUAGCUAUCGUAUCUUUAUAUAUAAACGAUCUCUUCUUGCGUGGAAAAUGGCGUCCCAAAUUCCUUCUACAUAAAUUCUGCAUCUUCUACAGGCUUUUCUUGGAGCAAGCCGUGAGUUUUCGUACCAAGUAUUUGUCAGAAUUAACCUUGAUCGUGGUACUCAUAUUUGGAACUCUCAUGAUGAAUAUGAUAUACAAGAGUAGAUUUUUCUACUUUCUCACUACCAUUCGUUUCGAGGAUGAUUUGAAUUCCUUGGAGGAUAUUAUGGAUCAUGGUAUGACGAUUGGGUUCUUGAACUGGCAUAGAAGGCUUUUCCAUGAAAAUAAACGCUUGACAUCCUAUCUAGCGACCCACUAUCAGUCGUGCAAUAUGCAGGCAAACUGCUCAGAUCAGGCAGCAUACGACAGAAAUCUGGCUGUGCUGAGACCAAAAAUCAAGAUGACCUAUUGGACCAAACGAUAUUUAGAUCAGAAGGGAAGGCCGUUGCUGAAGAGGCUCGAAGAUCCAGUGGCGGAUUUGUUCUGGGUUGCCGCUUUUUUUCCUGGACAUCCUCUGUUCCCCUCCGUGAACCAAUAUGUUCUUUAUCUGAUGCAAUUUGGUAUCAUGGAUAAAAUACUCGCAAAAUAUUCGGACGAGGUUUACAAACAAGACAAUCUCCCAGAGACGCGUAGACUGACAAUAAGUCAUGUUCAGGUUCCCAUUUUGAUUUGGGCUGUUGGAAUGAUUGUUGGAAUAAUGUUCUUAAUUGUUGAAAUCAAGUGGAAAUAUGUUAAAAAGAGGACCGAAGCUAUUGGUUCAAAGUUAGUUUUUACUUGAACUUUU